CUAGUGAGUCUGACAUUUAUUCCUCUGUCAAGCUGGUAUGAUCUGAUAAAAUUUUGAAAACCUUCAGAUGCGCUCCUGAUGAUGCAGUAAUAUUUUGCUUUACGCAACAGAUUUGAGUCCUAUCCUGAAAUCUGGUCACCUGCUCUAUUUUAACUUUUCAUGUCAUUCAUUUAAAUUACAAAUACCCAUCUUAUCGUCUUUACAUAUCUGUGAAAUAGAUUUAGGUGUCAGGAUGAGUUUAGCUUUCAGCAGGGCUCCUCGAAAGACUGCGGGAAACCGCAUGUCCAGACUGCUGGAUGCAGAGGAGGAGGAUGAGUUCUACAAGACCACCUAUGGAGGAUUUCACGACGAAUCAGGUGAUGAAGAAUAUAAGGGUGACUUGUCUGAAACGGAAGAUGAGGUGGACAGUGACUUUGACAUUGAUGAAGGGGAUGAACCCGACAGCGAGCAGGAGGAGGAUGGGCCGCGUCGAAAGAGCAGAGUGGUGACCAAAGCCUACAAGGAGCCAGUUAAAGUGGUGCGGCAAAAACCAAAACAACGGAAACUGGCUGAACUGCCCAGGAGGACAGACAAGACAAAGAUCAACAAAUACAACCCCCCUGAACUACAGGAGGACAUCAGCAAGAACAGGACGUCGGUGCGUCAGUCAACAACAGAACACACACGGCUGACGUACCUGAGACUGCAGGAGAGGCAGGUUGCUCCGCGUCGAAGAAAGGGUACAAGACAUGAGCGACCUUUGACCCAGGCUGAACUUUUAGCAGAGGCCAAGGUCACAGCACAGAUUAACCUUCGAUCACUGGAAAACUAUGAGCGUUUGGAGGCAGAUAAGAAACGUCAGGUUCAUAUGAAGCGUCAGUGUGUGGGAUCUGUUAUCCGAUAUCACUCUGUGCUCAUGCCACUGGUGUCUGACGUCACUCUUAAAGAGGAAAACGUGGAUGUAGAGGGUUUGGACCAAGACGCCCAGCAGAAUCCAGGCCCUCACCCUCCACAAGCUCUUUCCCAGUCAGAAUCAACCCUUACUGCGCCGCCUAGUGUCGUCUCCGCUAACACAGCUGCUGUAAACCCUUCCCUGUCAUCAGGGCCUGCCAAAUGCUCCCGCAGCUACAUCACAUUCAGUGAUGAUGAAUCUUUCCAGCGUUUCUUUCCCCAGUCCCCACCUCCUCGAAUUCCUGUCCAGGAGAUCUGCCCUGUUACCCAUAAGCCAGCGCUCUACCGAGACCCCAUCACAGACAUUCCCUACGCUAAUGUACAAGCCUUUAGGAUCAUCCGGGAAGCCUAUAAAAAGUAUGUGGCGGCCCACGGCCUGCCCUCCACUGGCACAGCGACUCCAGCCGACACCACUGCAAAGAAUCUGCGCCAGAAGAUCAUUAUUAAACAAGGCAUGUAGAACAAUACACAUCUAUCUAUCUAUCUAUCUAUCUAAAAAUAAUAAAUGUUCUUUGGUGACAUACAGUACAACUGCAUAAAAAUGUUUGCUGCCAAAUCUCUGUCCAGUGUAUUUGUAAGUGCAAUAAGCUGCAUAGUUGAAUGUGAUUUUUGCAUAAAUGCUUAAUGUAACUUUAUUUAUUGUUUUUUUUUAAUGCACUGUUUCAUUUAAUUGACUAUGUAGUGAUAUGUAUUUAUAAUGUGUCCGUAUUAUUUAAAACAGCAUUAAAGAUUGCUGUCAUGUAGCCUUUUAGAUGUCAUUAUUUUUUAUAAUAAUAAAAAAAAAAAAAAGUGGGCCAUCUAUAAAAUUUGUUUGUGUUGGAAAGAAGAACCCACUUAGUA